CCAGGAGAUGCUUCAGUGGUGAGACCUCUUGUACAAUGCAAGUUAGGAAUGAAAUUCAUCAACUAACGUCCCCUUCCUCACCCUGAUCUCCAACAGACUUCCUGUAACACUUAACGGAAGAAAGGGUCAGGGGAGAAGGGCUGAAGGGCACCAUGAAGYUGAAGCAGCGAGUUGUGCUGUUGGCCAUCCUCCUCGUCAUCUUCAUUUUCACCAAGGUUUUCCUCAUUGACAACCUGGACACGUCGGCCGCCAACCGGGAGGACCAGCGCGCGUUCCAGCGGAUGCUGUCGGGGCUGCGCGUGGCGCUGGACCCGCGCCUGGAGCACACGCUGCAGUCGCCCUGGGAGAUCGCAGCACAGUGGGUGGUGCCCCGCGAGGUGUACCCUGAGGACACCCCCGAGCUGGGCGCCGUCAUGCACGCCAUGACCACCAAGAAAAUCAUUAAAGCUGAUGUGGGAUACAAAGGGACGCAACUGAAAGCUUUGCUGAUACUUGAAGGAGGGCAGAAGGUUGUCUUCAAGCCCAAGAGAUAUGCCAGGGAUUAUGUAGUGGAAGGAGAACCAUAUGCUGGCUACGACAGACACAACGCAGAAGUGGCAGCCUUUCACUUGGACAGAAUCCUGGGUUUCCGGCGAGCCCCGCUGGUGGUUGGCAGGUUUGUGAAUCUGCGCACAGAGAUCAAACCCGUGGCCACCGAGCAGCUCCUGGGCACCUUCAUGACCGUGGGCAAUAACACUUGCUUCUAUGGGAAGUGCUACUAUUGUCGGGAGACAGAGCCAGCCUGUGCUGAUGGGGACAUCAUGGAGGGCUCAGUGACACUGUGGCUGCCGGACGUUUGGCCCCUGCAGAAACACCGGCACCCCUGGGGCAGGACUUACCGGGAGGGCAAACUUGCCAGGUGGGAGUAUGACGAGAGCUACUGCGAUGCUGUGAAGAAAACAUCCCCRUACGACUCGGGCCCACGGCUGCUGGACAUCAUCGACACAGCCAUCUUCGAUUACCUGAUCGGCAACGCCGACCGGCACCACUACGAGAGCUUCCAGGAUGAUGAGGGAGCCAGCAUGCUCAUCCUGCUGGAUAAUGCCAAAAGCUUUGGAAACCCUGCCCUGGAUGAAAGAAGCAUCUUGGCUCCUCUCUAUCAGUGCUGCAUCAUCCGGGUUUCUACCUGGAACAGGCUGAAUUACCUGAAGAAUGGAGUCCUGAAGUCUGCCUUAAAAACUGCCAUGUCGCAUGACCCCAUCUCACCUGUGCUGUCUGACUCUCACCUGGACGCGCUGGACCAGCGGCUCCUCAGCAUCCUGGCUACAGUSAAGCAGUGCACAGACCAGUUUGGGCCAGAUGUCGUGCUGGUGGAAGACAGGAUGACUCUGUCUCACUUGUAAUCAYGGUGGAACACCAGACAAAACUCCUUUUUUAAAAAAAAACGAAAAAAUUGCGAUAGAAAAACAGCACAAUCAGUUCAGAAGGGCUGYGGCCAAGAUGGACUGACAUGGACAGGAAAGCUCCCGAGGCAGAGGAARGGAGGUGACCCUGGCUUUUUCCUUGGGCUGGCAGCAGUGAGAGGUGGGAARGGGGCCUCGGAUGGCUCGGCCCCCACAGUGGCAUCUUGGCCACCGUGGCGUGUCCAUUGUUGGCAGUGGGCAUGGYGCCCGAUCAACACGGCUCUCGGUGCUGGUGCAGGUGUGGGAUACAGACACUCCUUCGUGGACUCAACCUGGAGGGGACACAGAUGAACARUACARUCCUCUCCCUUUCUCUUCCCCCUCRACUCUGGCGAGUUCGUCUGAUUCAGGGUUGUACACAAUCAGCUCUGAGCUGGUUGGGCAUUUUAUCGCUUCUCUAGAGAAUGAGCAAGGGGCGAAUAAAAUAACUGUUAGACUGAAGAGUUGUGCCACCCCCCCGGGGGUGGGAUGUUCUUCUGAUUGCCAUGAGGGGUGGGAGAGGGGACCUCUGCUACUCACUUGGCUUUUCCUUGAUAAAAGGCUGGGAARGGGGGGGUUGCCUCAUAUGUGAUAAUGUUUCAGUGUUUUUGCUGAAGUCAUAUCUAAGAUWUAUCCACAGGGUUGGAGAUUUAGGAGAGGACAGGGUCGUUAUACAGCACUUGGUAAUUAAGAAGUUAUAGUAAGUUUCCGUGUGUCUUGUCCUUGUUCUCUAAGGAAUCUGGCAAGGUCAGAAUGGAGAAGAUAUCCUUGCAGUCCUGAGUCCAGUAUAACCAAAUUUUCAACCUGCAGUAACUGAGGAGAACAGAAUCUGUCCUUGGAAGCAGUUGUGUGUAGCRAGGUCAGGUGGCUUUACUGUGAGCCCUGAGUGCUGUGGGACCUCUGGGCAUGAGACUUCAUGGGUGGACUGCCCUGUUAGCAGCAGUAACCUGAGGAUGGGACACAGCCCUGAGUUCUGAUCUGUCUCUUCACCUGAGAGAGCUUCCUGCUGCUCCCCAUGACCACAGCUCAGCACUGCUGUUCUUGGAGCACCACUCUGGGUCCCACAUUCCCCUGGUCUGGCUGUGGCCAAGCUCAGAAGCUGUGACCACUUCCAGGAGGUUUUUUGCCUUCCCCAGCUGCUUCCUGCAAGCCCCACUGUGAUGUCCUACCUGGGAUGGUUGUCCUGGGGUCCUCACUAAUGCCUUUGCCAUAGAYAGAAAAGAGUUGGCUUUUCAGGGCAGGCUUGCAGCACCCAUCUUGUGCAAGUCCUGUCACCCUGCAGCACCUCAGCCUGUGCUGCCAAUGAGCUUGUGCCAUAAAACUGAUCACCUUGGGGCAGCUCUGAGUUUGUGUCUCCAGAAGAGAAGCAGCUUCAUCACUAUUUCCAAAUCGAGCAGCUUUCAUCAGUGUUCAGCCAGCGUGGUCCUUAAUACAAGGGAAGAGUCCAUUCCCAAAGUGAUUACAGGUUACUGAACUUGAGAGCAAGAGUACCAAAAUGUCAGUUUGAGCCCUUUYCCUUGAUUUUCCUGUCAGGAUCUUUCUAACUCUGCAGUGUGGCAGGCAGGUAAAGACCUGUUKGCUUGUUCUUGCACCUGGGCCACACCUGAUCCAGGAGGUGUCAGGGAGAGAGUUUAUCUGAAAAAUGUGAGAUUGUUUUGCUGAAGUCUUUCUCUCAUUAUAUGAGCAGAGUAUCUUGAAAGUAGAAUGUGACUGUUUACCUGAGAUUGAAUUUUAUGUUCUUGCUCUCUUCUGGACUUGGCCACAUGGCAGAUGCACCCCAGAGGGAUGAGAUGAUGWGAUGGGAUCUGGAGUUAUUUAUUGGAGCUCCCGGUGAGGAUGGGGACACACAGCCAGCUCUGAGGACACUGUGAAGCUCAUACCUGAUAGCUGAUAACAGAACAAGCUUUAGAAGCUGUGAGUGGUGCCUGUGGGACAGGACCAAGUGUUGGUACAAGCUGUUUCUCUGGACAUUUCAGAUGAUUUACCCACAGGGGAGAUGAUGAAGCACAUGKUGGUAGCUGAUAGCAUUUCUAAAAGCAUAUUCUUCUCUUUGAGCUUAAUCAUGAGCACUUAAUAUUUUGGGAGGGAUCUACCAAGAUUUUGAUUUCUAUAUGAUCACACUUGGUAUUUACUUUGAUUUAAUAAUGGGUUAAAAAAAAAAAAAAGUCUUUCAAUCUUUGAAAUUUAAUUAAUGUUGAGGACUUACCUAUUGCUCUAAGCUGAAGCUUUUGCUGUCAGAUGGAACCUGGGGAUAAAUUUUUCCCCAGUAUGAAUGUCAAAGAUUUAAUGCAGGGUCUUGGUUUAUUUUGGUUUACUUGUGGACAAAGGGCGUGAAGUCCAGCAUUAUCAAUAGAAGGAAGCAAGAAAUGAUUGUCUUUUGGGGUUGGUUUUUUUAUUUGUGAUAUUGAUGCUACUAAUUGCGGUAAACACUACUGGAGGCUGGUGUUCUGCAGCAGGAAAAAGAAUAAAUUCCUCUCUUAAACCAAAAUCAGGAAGAUCUGGUUUUGGCCUUGUGACAAUUUCUGCCCUUUUGGCAGUGAUGAUUGUUUCACUUGAACACAAACCCCCUGAGAGAUUUAAAACUGUAACCAUUGCAAAGGAAAUAGGGGCAGCAUCCAAGUGCCAACAGGGUCUGCUUGAAUCUCUGAAAAAUAACAUUGUUUGCAAGGCAGGUGCUCUGUCGAGGUUUUCGUGCCAUCUUCUGAUCCUUGUUCACUGUCCACGCUGGCCCCAGAUGAUACACACUGGCUGUGUCAUAGUUAUCAGUGAUAUCAGAGCGCUGCAAGCACAGAAAUCAAGAACUAAUUAAAGAGACCCUCAUCAGCCAUCUGCUAUUUGCCUCCUCCUUCCCAAGUCAGCGUCAGCAGGAGGAGACACUCGAGUCGGCUCCUCUUCCAGCAGCUGAUGAACUGGAGUGUGUCUUGCCAAACAAACUUCAACUCAAAAGUACUAAUUUAUUAAGAAGGUAAUUUAUUUGCUGUGGCAGCUGGAGCAAGACGCUGGAAACAGACCCCCGUCUCAGAGCUGCCAGAGGAGGCCCCUGGGAGCUGCUGCACAAAUGGAGUUGCUAAUAAGCAAACAGAACGCAAUCAUGACUUUCUACUCCUAUCCCCUGGGGUCAGAUCCCACAUAAAGCAACAUUGUGUGAAUAAAGAUUUUAAUAAAGCAACACUGAUGGAUUGGUUAAGUCUCUCUCUCCCUCCCCUGUCUGUCUCUCUCAGUUCCCACAUGUGGUGGGCUGAAUGUGUGAAGUGUUU